AUGAAAGCUAUGAAGUCUAAGUCCAACUGGGCCCAGAACCCAAGUUGUAGCAUAAUGGUAUUUCAUCCAACCAAGGAAGAGUUUAAUGAUUUCGAUAACUACAUUGCUUAUAUGGAAUCCCAAGGUGCACACCAAGCUGGCCUGGCUAAAAUAAUACCACCCAAGGACUGGAAAGCCAGAGAGACCUACAAUGAUAUCAAUGACAUCUUAAUAGCUGCUCCCCUCCAGCAGGUGACUUCUGGGCAGGCAGGUGUGUUUACUCAAUACCACAAAAAGAAGAAAGCCAUGACCAUGGGUGAGUACUGCCACUUAGCAAACAGUGAAAAAUAUGGGACUCCACCACACUUGAAUUUUAAGGAACUGGAGCGAAAAUAUUGGAAAACACACCUCUUUGGUUCACCAGUAUAUGGUGCGGACGUCAGUGGCUCCUUAUUCGAAAGAAACACGAAGCAGUGGAACCUUGGACACCUGGGAACCAUUCAGGACCUGCUGGAGCGGGAGUGCGGAGUGGUCAUCGAAGGCGUCAACACCCCCUACCUGUACUUCGGCAUGUGGAAGACCGCCUUCGCCUGGCACACGGAGGACAUGGACCUUUACAGCAUCAACUACCUGCACUUCGGGGAGCCCAAGACGUGGUACGCGGUGCCCCCGGAGCACGGCCGGCGCCUGGAACGCCUGGCCAGGGAGCUUUUCCCGGGCAGCUCGCGGGGCUGUGAGGCCUUCCUGCGGCACAAGGUGGCUCUCAUCUCGCCCACGGUCCUCAAGGACAACGGCAUCCCCUUCGGUCGGGUCACUCAGGAGGCUGGAGAGUUCAUAGUCACGUUUCCCUAUGGCUACCACUCUGGCUUCAACCAUGGCUUCAACUGCGCGGAAGCCAUCAAUUUCGCCUCCCCGCGCUGGAUCGAUUUAGGCAAAGUGGCCUCGCAGUGCAGCUGCGGUGAGGCCGGGGUCGCCUUCUCCAUGGACGCCUUCGUGCGCAUCCUGCACCUGGAGUGCUACGAGCUGUGCAAACGCGGGCAGGACCGGACCGUGGUGGACCACACGCAGCCCACGGUGCCGCGCAGCCAGUGCCUCAACGCCUGGAGGGAGAUCCGCUCGGCCGGGGAAGCCGCUCUCGUCCCGAGGCACCACCAGCCCCGCCGCGCUCUGCACCCCCGUGGGCCUGUAGCUGCGGGCGGUGGGACCCGCCACUGAGUCCCUGAGCCUGCUGUGUCCCAGAGCCCCUUGCCUGCCCGGGGUUCUUGCUCUGCCGCCCAGUACGGGGCUGCGGCCACCCGCACCUCCGGGGAGCCCGGCCCGACCCAGCCGCCGACCUCAGGUCCAUCCGCCCCGGAUGGAAACUGUGGCCCUCGUCGUCGGCCUUGGGAACAGGGGACUCAGGAGCCAACUGCUCCCCCCAGGGCUAAGAGGAGGCUUUCCUUAGACAUAGCUCAGGACCCAGAGGCUCAGCCCCUGCCUGUGGAUGUAUCCUCACCGGACAACGCUGACCCGCUCAGCCCUGGGCUCCAGCAACCCGCCGAGGAUUCUGGGUGUGGUUGUGGCCCUGUCCCCUAAGCCCAGGGGAUGCCUUUCUAACCCACUGCUCUUGCGUGGGGAUCCUUUGAGACUGGUCGCAUUUACAUUUCAGAGCUUUGGGUAUUGGCAGGUCACUAGUCUCUCUCCUUUUCCUCUUUCCCCUUC